GAGAGAGAGGAGUUUCCGACAGGUUCAGACAGUGUGACGAUUGUGUUUGUCAGAGUAAGGUGAGUUGGCCACGAAGUACUGAGAGAGAGUCACGAAAACAGCCAGCAGACUACAAAGACUGAAUUAACUUCUCAAGUUUAACAAGACCAUGACUAUCGGCAAGAGCUCCAAGAAGAACAAGGCCCCUCGUUCUCCUCCCUUUCUGGACAAGGCUAAUGGAUUCUACGGGCGUUUGGAUGAGAUGGGUGGAGAUGAUGUACAGAUCGAGGGUAAGAUCACAGAUGAGCCGAUGGGAAACCUGACGAGGCCAGACAACAUGACAGUCCCAGGCUGGAUAGAAGAGGAUGACCAUGUGAAUGAUUUUAACCAGGGAAUGGUGGACGAUGAUGGUACCACUUUAUUAAAGAGAAAGCCAAGCAGACUGAGUCGCCGCUGGAGCAGGAAAAGUUUAAGAAAGACAAUAUUAUCCCCAGGAAAAGAAGGCCAAAAUGAAAGCACUGAGACUGAUAACAAAGCGGUGCCACUGGAAGCUCAAACUAAGGAGUUAACAAACAACGGAGAACCAGAUCUGGUCCACUUCUCUGUAAGGGAGCAAGCAGAUGAUCAGAUUCUGAUUUCGGGAAAGAAGGAACGGGAAAAUGUAAGACAGGAGAACAAGACAGAAGGCAAGAUAAAUGGAGAAUCAACAGAGAUUGUGAAGAGGAACACUCUUAAGAAUUAUCGCAAGGCUCUUGACAGAGCUUUCCGUCGUGGAUGGGAGUCUUUCAUUACCAAUCUGUACAGUGUGACCCUGACACCGAUCUCAUCAACAUCAUCUUCAUCCUCACCAACAGUCAGAUCCAAAAUGGACAGGAAUUGUGUUUUAGCAGAGUUCAGAUAAGAGUAGAUCAGACCUCAUUUUAAAAUGGAUCAGUUUAUGAAAGUUAUUCAUUUAAUUAUUAAUAAACCAAUCAGUUCUAUUUAUUAACGUAAAUGCACUCUAAUAUUUAAUAUGCCUCUUCUGUUGAGUGGAACUGAUCAGCACCAAACUUUUUUUUACUGAUCAUUAUGUAACUUGUGAAGAGAGGCCAACAUUUGAACUUUUCAUCAGUGUAUAAAUAUGUUAUUUCAGUACUAACUAUUUCAGUAAAGGGCAUGCAGCUGAUCUUUGUUCCCUCAUGGGAAAACAUGAGGCCUAUGCCCCUAAUCAUCCCAUAUGGAGAGAUUGUGAAUGGAUGUGAUCGCUUUUUGAGUUGUGAACAGUAUUGUGGCUUCUGUACUUUGUCCUCGAACUUUUGUUUUUCCAAAGAUUGUGUUCCAAAGGAUCUAGUUAAAAAACAAUUCUGGGAGCUCAAAAAGCUUUUUGGAAAUGUUAUCAACUGGUAUAACAUCGGUGGCAAUGAAGUAUUUGAACAACUGAGCCAAGAAAUGUAAACAGUGCCUUAUUUUACUUCAGCACUCAGUUUCCUUAUACAUCACAUAAAGUGAAAUUAGAAGAUUGUAGAUGUCUAUGUCAAGGGGGUUUUGUUCGUUUUGUAACGUCCCGUUUUACACGUAUUGUCACAUCACAAUACCAAUAAAAAAGAAAAAGAGGGAAAAAAAUCAGACUGCAGUGUUAUUAUACAAUUCAAGUUACUUACUAAAAUUGCACAGUCGUGGCCUAAUGGUUAGAGACUCGAACUUGUAACCCGAACGUUGCCGGUUUGAACCUCAGUACCAGCAGGGAUUGUAGGUGGGGGGAGUGAAUGAUCAGCGCUCUCCUCCACCUUCAAUACCACGGCUGAGGUGAGACCCUUGAGCAAGGCACCGAUCCCCCCAACUGCUCCCCAGGCUGCUCACUGCUCUGGGUGUGCGUGUUACUCACUGCUGUGUGUGUGCACUUGGAUGGGUUAAAUGCAGAGCACAAAUUCCGAGUAUGGAACACCAUACUUGGCCUCCCUUUCACUUUAUUUGUCACAUACCUCAUUAUGUAAGUUGAAUGCUUACCUCAGAGAUCGAUAUCGCUGAACCAGAAAAUAGUUUUUGGCAUGUUUUUUUUAUUUUUUUUUAUUAUCUUUAAGUAGUUUGAUUAAACAGUAAGUUGAGAAUUUUUAAAAGUAAGGCUAAAAGUCAACUGAUAGGCUACUCAUUUAGCAUAUGCCACUGGAAAUGAAAGGUAGG